AUGAUUGUUUACAAUUCGUCGCGGGAGCAGGUUCGGGUUCCGAAUGUAAUUGCUCUUGUAGGACUACCUGCUAGAGGUAAAACGUACAUAUCUCACAAGUUAUGCCGUUACCUGAAUUGGAUCGGAAUAAAGACGAGAGCCUUUAAUGUCGAUGACUAUUGGAGGAAAACCUUCGGCCAGGAAGAAUUUGGAGACUAUGAUUUUUUUAAUCCCCUUAGCAAAGAGGGAGCUGCAGUUCACGAUGAAUGUACACGGCUUGCUUUGGAAGAUAUAGAGGGUUACUUAAGUAGCGAAGAAGGCGAAGUUGCUUUUUGCCAACGUGAGAACCGUGACCCGGCUUUUAGGAUAUUUUUCAUCGAAAGCAUAUGCGACGAUCCUGAAAUUAUAAACGCGAAUAUUACGGAAGUGAAAAUUAACUCGCCAGACUACAAGGGUCACAUGACCGAGGAUGAGGCAAAGGAAGAUUUUCUUAGACGCAUUGAACAUUAUAAUAUACAGUAUCAGCCGAUUGACGAAGAAAUUGAUGAUGAUCUUUCAUUUAUUAAAGUAAUAAACGCAGGUCGCUCAUUUUUUGUACAUAAUGUUAACGGACAUGUGCAAAGUCGUGUGGUGUAUUUUUUGAUGAACAUUCAUUUACUACCUCGUUCUAUUUAUCUAACAAGGCAUGGCGAAAGUGAGUAUAACCGAAUUGGUCGUUUGGGUGGUGACAGUCCACUAAGUGAUAACGGGUUGGAAUAUGCGCGACAACUUCGAGAAUAUUUCAAGAUGGAGAAUAUUCCUGGCGAGUUGAGGAUAUGGAGUUCGCAAAAAGUACGGGCCGCACAAACCGCUCGUAAACUAAGCGAUCUCGCGGCUAACGUAGAGUACUGGAAAGUGCUUGAUGAAAUUGAUGCGGGCAUUUGCGAGGGUCUUACUUAUGACGAUUUUAAACAGAGGUACCCAAAACAGUUUAGUGAGCGAGAUAAAGACAAAUAUCAUUAUCGUUAUCCAUCAGGCGAGAGUUAUGAGGAUUUGGUUUCACGUUUAGAGCCAGUGAUUAUGGAACUGGAGAGGCAAGGCAACGUACUUGUUGUUUCUCAUCAGGCUGUAUUACGAUGUAUACUUGCUUAUUUUGACAACAAAGAUCGCUCUCAACUACCGUAUUUAAACGUACCUCUGCAUACUGUCAUUAAAUUGACACCGAAAGCGUAUAGCUGUGAGAUCGAAAUGUUCAAAUUUAACAUAGAUGCUGUGAAUACUUAUAGAGCGAAGCCAGAAGAAUCUAGGAAGAUACCAAUGUGGCAAGCUUCUACUGAGGAUAAAAUGUGUCAUUCGCCAUGGUCAGUUAUCAUUAUGUAA